AUGUUCUCCUGCUGCGUCCCGACUCCCCGGGGCUUCUGCUCCAGGAAACCCUGGAGGGAGAGGAUUUUCAGAUUCUGUCGCCACUGGUUCAAACCUCAACCCCGAUGCCACUGGUCCUUUAGGAGGAAGUCCCCGAAGGGGGAAGAUGUGACCCCAGUGGGCAGGCGUGGGACCUGCAUGGUGGGGAGUGUCCAGGGAGGCCGGCUGGACAAGCUGGUGGCACAGCUGGUGCCCACCUUGCUGAGCGGUGACCGCUCCUUCCUCCUCACCUUCCUGGGCACCUACAUGGCUUCUGCCACCACCCAGCAGGUGCUGGACCUUCUGUUCCUAAGCCAUCACAUCCAGGUGAGUCCUCAGUACAGCCCAGCUGACACCUUCCUGGCCUCCUCUAGGUACGGCUGCAUCCUCCCCUACGCUGAGGAGGACGGCGGGCCCCUGCACCAGCUCAGAAUGGCCAUGACCUCCAUCCUGGGCACCUGGCUGGACCAGUAUCCUGAGGAUUUCCACCAGCCUCCCGAAUUUCCCUGCCUGAAGAUGCUCUUGGCUUACCUGGAGCUCAGCAUGCCUGGCUCAGCCCUGGAGCACAGUGCCCGCCUUCUCCUGGCACAGCUGGAGCAUCUGGAGCCCAUGGAGGCAGAGGGUGACGGACCAGCUCCAGAGCAAGCUCUAGAAACACCUGGAGACCCAGAGCCAGCUACAGCUCUCGUGCCAGCUGCAGCUCCACAGCCCCAGCAAAUUCAAACCAUAGCGCUUAUUCACGUUCAAGCUUUAGGUGAAGGGGACAUGCCAGCUCCAGUGCCAGAGCCAGAGCCUGCUCAUGUCCUAGCUGUCAUUUCAGCUCAGAGCUAAGAAACCACUUUCUCAGCCUCCACUUCUAAAUCCGCAUGAGGUCCAGCAAGCUCUGCUCCAAAUGUCAAAGCCUGAAUCACCCCGGAAACCUGUCCCAGUGCUUCCCCUCCAACCUCAGCCCAUUUUCCCUCCAACCUCAGCUCCAGAGCUGAAGCCUCAGCAAGGGCACUGCCCCUGCUCUGAGCCCAUCAGGCUUGGGCCCCUGCUGUGGCCUGGAAUGUCCUCCAGCUCCAGGUCUAGGUCUAGAGACCACGGCAGACCCCGUUCUUCCAGUUACUCCAGGGCUGGAGCCAGCUCCUCCCCUAAUAUCCCUGGAGCUGGACCAGGUCAGCAAGAGCCAUGAGCACCGGCUCCUGUGGUGCCUUCAGGGCCAGAGGACGAGCUGCCCCAGUGCCAGCAGCAGCUCUGGAGCCUCCCUUCCCUCCCCCGUAAGUCCAUAUUCUCACAUUUGGUUCUUCACUGUAUAUAGCGAAUUAUUUACUCUAGGAUAUAGAUCUCACUUGAAAUAAAAUUGAAUAUUUUGAUCAUUGAAAUUGUACAUGUGAGUG